UUUUUUAUUAUUGUCAGUGACUAAAAAGAACUUCGUAGAUAUUGACAGAGUUUAAAAAAGGUGUUUACCUAACAAAAAUAUUUGAGUCUGUGUUCCACACGACUUGAAUUUGCAGAGUGUGGUAACAAUUUGUGUGUGAUGGAGUCUUAUGAUUCUCUUCUGGAGAAGACCCGAGUCCCUCAACCGGGCCUUCAAAAGUUGGCCGUUAUAACCAUUUUCUCGAAGCUCCGAUCAGCGCCCAAGUAUCUCGACCCGGAAUCCGAACCCGGAAAACACGCCAUUGCUCACUGCCUCAACUCCUCUUCCGUUAACGUCGUCGACCAAUCCGUUAGGGAGCUAUGCCGCCUCGUCACCGACUCCGUCAUCGCCGUUUCUCGCGGGUUGAUGGAGCUCCAAUCAGCACUCGAGGGAUCCGACCCGAAAUUCGUACCCGUUUUCGUCAAGGGAUUGGGCUUCCUCGUUCGCUAUGGUUUCCAGAAGAACAAUGGCUCUUGGCGCUUCACUUCAAUCGAAACUCACCCUUUUGUUAAGGUGUUGUCAUGCCGGUCGGAAGUUCAACAUGAACUCCUGCAGCAGGUAUUGCUGUUUAUGUUGCAGAAUAAGCGGCUGGGAAUGGUGGAAGUUUGUGAGUUUUUGAGGCCCUUGUUGAAUUUCUCAACCAUAAGAUAUUCCUCUUCAUUUGCGAUGCAAAUGGUAUCAGCUAUGGCAUCUUUCUGUUGCUCGUUUCCCAAUGAGUCCAUGCCUGUUUUUAAGCUGCUAAUGGGAUGCCUUAAGUAUCUUCCACAUGAGACCUCUGAAGACUACAGGAAGUUAGUAAUUGUUGUAGAACAUGUGGUGGAGGCAUAUAUAGUGGUACUGAGAUCUUUGGUGGUUGGAAAGAAAUCGCUGAUUACUGAGGCUCAACUUUGUGCUAUUGAAUUUCUGGAAACAGUUUUUUCUCUGUCGACAUCCCUUCAGUGGCACCCUGGUGGUCAUGAACCCAUGUUUGAACUCUCAAGGCGGUUGUUGUGUGUGCAGAAAGAUCUUGGGUUGCGAUGGGUGCCUGGUUUGUCAUCCACUAUGGUAUCAUUAUUCACAAUCCUUGUUCAAUCAGAACUUGAACAUGAACAAAUUUCUAUAUUGAAGCUCCUUCUCUUAAUCCUUAAGUGGAAGUAUGAUAAUGAUGAUGCUAUCAGCACAACUAAAUCCUCUCCAUUUGAAGAGAUUUUGUUUCUACUUCUUCUUGUUGGCCUCAUGUCAUCUCCUUCCAAAUCUGUGAAAGGACUAGCUACUGAUUUGCUUCUCCUCUUGGAGAAGCUCCUUGUCAAGAUGAUUGUGGCACCAAAAGAUAAACCAAUCAUUGAGGGGGGAGUUCCUUAUCUUAGCACACCAGGAAUUAUAGUUUUGAGACUUUUGCGACAUCUGUGGUAUCAGGAUGGAGAAUCUUCUUCCAGAAUUUCCCUCCUGAAUUUGGCUUUAAAGGGCAUGAAUGAAAGCGAAAUAAUGCAUGAUAGACCAAUAUCUUGGGUUUCUCAUGUAAGAGGAUUUUGUUUGUCAAUUGUUGACCGACGAAAAUCUUUAUUGCCUCUCUCGCAUUUUGAGGAAGUAUUUUUGACUGAGAUGCCCUUGUUACUCAGUGCUGUUCUUGGUGUUUUAUUCAUACAUCCAUCAAUGGGGCCUGCUGCUGUUGAUUCUUUGUCUUCCAUUGCCAUUAUGGAUCCCAAACUGGGAGUUCCUUUGUUGCUAACAAUUAUGUUUUACAGUAAUAUACUCACAAGAAACGAUGUCAUUAACCAUGAUAUGUUGCUAAAGAUUUUUGAAAUGCUGCCAUCACUUGCUUCACACUCAGCAAUGAUUCCACUUGUUGUUCAAACUAUCUUGCCAAUGCUUAACAAAGAUGCAAAAGUCUCGUUAUAUGCUACAGCAAUUCGAUUGCUUUGUCGAACCUGGGAGAUCAACGAUCGGGCCUUUGGAAGUUUACAAGGUGUCUUGCUUCCUAAAGGGUUCACUGAUUUCAUGUCAGAGAGAGCUAUCUGCAUCAGCAUGGCUGCUUCCAUUCGAGAUGUUUGCCAUAAAAGCCCUGAUAGGGGUGUUGACCUUAUCUUGUCUGUUUCGUCUUGCAUUGAGAGCCAAGAUCCAAUAAUUAAAGCUCUUGGCUUGCAAAGCCUUGCCCACCUUUGUGAAGCAGAUGUGAUUGAUUUUUACACUGCAUGGGAUGUCAUUGCAAAGCAUGUGCAAGGUUAUCAAGAGGAUCCUAUUCUUGCACAUAGCAUUUGCCUUCUGCUAAGGUGGGGUACGAUGGAUGCAGAAGCAUAUCCAGAAGCAUCAACUGGUGUGGUGCAAAUUGUGUGGGAUGUAGUUACCUCUGGCCAGGGUAUACAAUGGGAAAAAGCAAGAAUUUCAGCCCUGGAGGCACUUACCCAAUAUGAAGUGUUGCAGCUUGAAAAAAGUAUUCCAGAAUUUAAGAAAAUGAAUUUGGAGCUGUUUUUUUCUGAGACAAAUCUCAACGUACUCAAGGUUAUGGAGGAUUUUCAAGUCAAGAUAAUAACAUAUGAGCACAUAAAUCGUCGAAGAGCAGUGAAGGAGAAAAGAGUUACAGGAAGUAAGAUUGAAAAGUUGAUGGAUGUAUUUCCACAGGCUAUAUUCUCUUCAGGGAAGAUAAGUGAGGCUAGAGAAUUGCCUGGUGCAGCUUUAUUAUGUUUUUCUUUCACUCCUAAAGACGUGAAUGAACAUUCAUCAAAAAGGCUAAGGGACGUCCAUGCUGGGUAUGAGAAUUCUCUAGUGGAAAUAGCUGCUUCUCUUCAGCUCUCAAGAAAUAUCAUGCUUGCACUUAUGGCACUGCAAUCAUGGAAAGGCUUCAUGCGACGUUGGAUGAAGGCUUGCAUGCUGUCCUAUGAUGCUAAGGCACAAUUGAGUGUCCUAGAUAAAACUUCUAAAGCUGCUAGUGAUAUUUUAAAGAGUAUGAUAGCAAUAACAGAUGAGGCUAUACCUAGAGCUGCUGAAAAUAUUGCACUGGCCAUUGGUGCACUCUGUGUGGUUUUGCCUCCAUCUGCUCACACUGUUAAAUCUGCUGCUUCGAAGUUUCUUUUGGAGUGGUUGCUCCAACAUGAACAUGAACACCGGCAAUGGUCUGCUGCAAUUUCUCUUGGAUUAAUCUCAAGUUGCCUUCAUGUAACUGAUCAUAAACAAAGAUAUCAUAACAUCACAGGACUUCUUGAGGUUCUUUUUGUUAGCAAAAGUUCCCUUGUAAAAGGAGCAUGUGGUGUUGGUUUGGGUUUUUCGUGCCAAGAUCUUCUUACCAGGGUUGAAGUUGCUGAUGACUCUAUUGUCAAAAUGGAAACAGAAAAGGUUCCAGAAUCUGAAUUACUAGGAAGAAUUGUUAGGGCCUUAGCUACAGUGAUACAUGAGAGAACUCAAAGUUCUUCUGAUGUUUUGGACAGUCUAUGUUCAUGCUUUCCACCUGGUUCACAUGAUGUGAAUGCUAAAGUAUUUGAACCAUCAUCUGAGAAUAGUGAAGACUUGGAAGAAGAUGUCUGGGGUGUUGCAGGACUUGUUCUUGGUUUGGCUACCUCCAUAAGUGCAAUAUACAGAGCUGGAGAGUUAGAGGCUGUUAUAAAGAUAAAAAACUUGGUAAUAUCAUGGCUUCCAUAUGUGAACUCACUUGUUCAAAGCAGUAGUUUCCAAGGGGAAGAAUCUGAGAUUGUUUUAGCACUAGGAUCCUGUAUUGCACUUCCCACAAUAGUGGCUUUUUGCCAGAGAAUGGAAUUGAUAAGUGAUAUUGAGUUGGACCAAAUUGUGGUUGGCUUUAAAGAGCUGAUUUCUGAGUUAAUCUCUGUGAAAAAAUCUGGCAUUUUGCACCAUAGUUUGCUGAUGGCAUCAUGUGUUGGAGCAGGGACUGUACUUUCUUGUAUACUGAAUGAAGGCAUUCACUCUAUUGAGGUUGAACGUGUUAAAUGUUUGCUGGAACUAUUCAGGAAAUGUUACUCCAAUCCUUUCCCUUUUCUUGUCCAUCUUGGUGGUAUGCUAGGAGUUGUUAAUGCCAUGGGAACAGGUGCAGGGAUUUUGCUUUAUAUGAAUUUUCCAAAUUAUACUAGGGAAUCUGGUUAUCAGAAGAAGGAGUCUUAUUCUGUCAUGGGUCCUCUCCUGUCAAGUUCUGUCUUGGAACCAUACUUGACAUCAUUGGUGCAAGAAAUGUUUCUUGUGGCACAGAAUUCUGAUAAUCAUCAUCUACAACAGUUUGCUUCCUGGGUACUCAGCUUCCUUCGACAUCAUUUAUGGUCCAAGGAACUUUUGGUGAUGGAUGGUGAUAGGAAUGUGGCUGAAACUAAUUCAAAAUCUGUUUCUCAAAGUUUUUCUGAUGACAAUGUGGUUUUGAAACUUAGCUUGUGGCUUACGGAUUUCAAAUACACUGAGCCAGGCACUAUGAUUCAUGUUGGCACAGUUGUUGCUAUAUUAAGGUGCCUUUCUAGAGCUCCCAGGUUGCCAAGCUUGGAUUGGGGGGCAAUUAUUAGGCGUUGUAUGAGAUUUGAGGUCAAGGUUGCUGAGUUGUUGCCAGCAGAUUCUUCUUUUAAGAAAGGAACUCUGAGGGAGGAAUGCAUAAUGUUUGCAAUAGCUCAUGCAAAUCAAUUUGAUUCACUGUUAACUUUUCUUGAUGAGCUAUCUGACUUUUCGAGGUUCAGGACACUUGAAACAAAUCUACAGUCAUGUCUGCUAAUUCAUCUAGCAGACCUCGUAAAAGUAUAUUCAAGCACCAGGUUGGAGAAACUAUUCGGUGAAGUGAGUAAUCACUUGUCUUCAUUCACUUCAUACAAAGAGUCUGGCACCUACCAGAAAAACUUGUUAUGUAUUUCAUGCUGGAAGGGUCUCUACGAGUGCCUAGAUGAAGUUUCUGUGGACACUUCUGGUCACAUAUCCCAUGUAGAGAGAUGCAUGGAGGUUCUAUUUAUGUUAUUGCCAGUUGUGCAAUCUUCUAGCAGUGAAGUGUCAGGGGACGUAGGUUCUGUAGAGGAGUGGUAUGAAGCUGUAAGAUGCUUAGGGAAGGCUCCACGGAGUUGGUUAUUGGAUUUCCUAAAGGUUUCACAUGAGGAAUUUGUUCAAAGUGCUGACAAAUCUAUUGAAGUCCAAAAAAAGGUUCUUGCUAAGAUCAAGCUAGUGAAGAUUGGUUCUCUUCCACUGAUUGAACUUGGAAAAAUGAAAUCCUACAUAUUGAAUUCCAAAUCACCAGGACUCUGGGAUGUAUUCUUUGAAGUAGUUGCGGCUUUGCACCAUGCAGAGGGAAGUGUCAAAAGACAGUGGCUUAUUGAUGCUCUCGAAAUUAGCUGUGUUUCCAGUUUUCCUUCCAUGACACUGCGGUUUCUUGGUCUGCUGUCUGCUACCUGCUGCAAAUAUAUGCCCUUAAUGAUUGUGGACCAACAAAUGGUACUGAAUGAUCUACCAGUCACCCUUGUGUCUCUUCUAGCAGACCGAAGCUGGAAUGUUGUUGCAGAAACUGUUGUUUCCCAUCUCUUUUCAUCAACUGAACGUAUAUAUAACUGGGCUAUGCAGAUAGCAGAUGGUUCCUAUAUUCCUGGCUCACAACCCAUUGAUGAAAGUGAGAAUAAUAUGGCUGCUUUUCUACUGCAAGUGAUGCAUCAUACAUGUGUAUUGCUAAAAGGCUACUUGCCAUUAGAUAAGCAGCUUAGGCUCGCCAGCAUGGUUAUUGCUUGAGAUGCAAGAAACCAUAUUCUUGAAGAUACAGUAUUAUGAUGCUUCUUAAUUCUGAAGUAUGCUCUCAUAAAUCAUUUGCUCAAAGGAACACCAUCACCAUGCCACAUAUAAGUGCCCAUGUUCUUGGGAAUUAUGUUUUGCUCUUCAUGGAAUGUGGACAAUUCUGUGUGUUAUUCCUGCCACUCCUGUUAAGUUAUUCCAAAAAAAGUGUUCAGCAGAAGCCAACAGUGUGGGAAAUCUCAGCUAAAGCAUGCAGCUAUACAUAAAUUUGCUUGUCCAAAUGCUGUAAAAUUCAGCAGAAGCAGAAUCAUGUUGUGCCCUUUUCUUUUCUUCUUAUACAAGCAUGUUGUACAGUAGUGCCACCUUUACCAUUGCUUGCAGAGAUAUGUAAUGCAUUUCAAUUAGGUUACGAAGGAGAAAGAAAGAAAGAAAAAAACAGUAUAUUGGGUUACAAAAUCUUGAUUUCUAAGUUGAGUGGAUGCUUCCAUUAAAAUGCCAAGUGUUAGUAGAUACUUACAUUUGUUUUCUCUUUUAUUUUUUUGAACUUAUGACUUUAAA